UGUUACUAUCACACUCGCUCAAACAUCUUCCAAAGACUUCAACCACAUCAUCAUCAAAUGCAAGGUCAUCACCAGAAUCAUCAUCAACAGUUAUCAUCAGCCUCGGCCACGUCUUCCAAUGGAAACUUCAUGAACAAAGAUGGAUAUGAUCUUGGAGAGAUAGACCCAUCACUCUUCCUCUAUCUUGAUGGACAAGGACAUCAUGAUCCUCCAUCAACUGCUCCUUUAUCUCAUCAUCACACAACCCAGAAUUUGGCGAUGAGACCUCCAACAUCGACGCUCAACAUCUUUCCAUCUCAACCGAUGCACAUAGAGCCACCUCCGUCUUCUUCUACACCCAAUACCGAUAAUACAAGAUUGGUUGCACCUAGUAGUUCGACUCGACCAUCUUCCGAGCCGUCCAUGGACUUGACCAAUCAUUCUCAGUUUCAACUUCCUCAGCCUUCUAAAUCAAUCAAGAAAGAAGGGAACCGCAAGGGGCCUGCCUCAUCGGAUCAUGAUAUACCAAAAUCAUCAGACCCUAAGACAUUGAGGAGACUAGCACAGAACAGAGAAGCAGCAAGGAAAAGCAGAUUACGAAAAAAGGCUUAUGUUCAGCAACUUGAGUCAUGUAGGAUCAAGCUUACCCAACUAGAACAAGAGAUUCAACGGGCCAGAUCCCAAGGCGUAUUCUUUGGAGGGUCUCUCAUAGGAGGAGAUCAACAGCAAGGUGGACUGUCCAUUGGUCCUGGCAACACCAGCUCUGCAGCGGUAUUCGAUAUGGAAUACACGAGGUGGCUGGAGGAGCAGCAGAGGCUGUUAGCCGAACUAAGGGUGGCGACACAAGAGAACUUGGUCGAGAACGAGCUUAGGAUGUUUGUAGACACUUGUUUAGCUCACUAUGACCAUUUGAUUAACCUGAAGGCCAUGGUCGCUAAGACCGAUGUGUUUCACCUUAUCUCUGGCGCUUGGAAAACUCCCGCCGAACGUUGCUUCUUGUGGCUAGGAGGUUUCCGCCCAUCUGAGAUCAUCAAGGUGAUUGUGAAUCAGAUAGAACAAUUGACAGAGCAACAGAUAGUUGGGAUUUGUGGGCUACAACAGUCCACACAAGAGGCCGAAGAGGCACUCUCACAGGGCCUCGACGCAUUGAAUCAGUCGCUUUCCGAUAGUAUUGUAUCCGAUUCUCUCUCGCCUGCCUCUGCACAAUUUCCUCCUCAUUUAUCCAAUUUCAUGUCACACAUGUCCUUGGCUCUCAACAAACUCUCUGCUCUAGAGGGCUUCGUUCUUCAGGCAGAUAAUCUGAGGCACCAAACAGUCCAUAGGUUGAACCAAUUGUUGACGACCCGUCAAGAAGCACGUUGUAUUCUAGCAGUUGCGGAGUAUUUCCACCGUCUUCAGGCUUUAAGUUCUCUCUGGCUAGCCCGUCCACGCCAAGAUGGAUGAUACCACUGAUGAGGGGGAAAACAAGAGAAUAGGUUGAUUAGUUAGCCAGCUUGACCUCUUUUAUAUAAUAUAUUCUACAGAACUUAAAUAUCAGUCCAUAUAAAUAUGCUUUUAUGAUGCAGUCAUGCAGAUGAUGAUAGAAAAGUA